AUGCCCCGAGCCCUCGCUAAGAUAGGUGACCGUAUCAUCGCGGAGACAGCGAGUUGGAAGACUGUAGAGAAUAACGUCUAUUUUCCCCGCUCAGCAAUCAUCGACGAUUCCAUCUUGCAAGACUCGGAUCGGUCGACUUUUUGUUCUUGGAAAGGCUACGCCUCUUACUGGCAUCUGAAGGUGGAUGGGCGGACGCUUGAAAAUGCAGCGUGGUAUUAUCGGGAUCCGUAUGAUGCAGCGGCCGAUAUCAAAGAUCAUGUUGCCUUUUAUAAAGACAGUGUCCAAAUAAUACAGGAGUCAUGA